ACCGGCGGAACUCCCGCGCUCUCCAGCCACCUCGCCUCACCUCGCCUCGCUUCUCUUCCCCUGGUCGCUGCCCGGGCCAUGGAGGGGGUCACAGUGGUGACGGCGGGUAACGCGGGCGCUGCGAAGGCCGAGGGAGUCACAGCCGUGCCGCCCCCGCCUUCCGUCUCCCCGCCUGCCCUCACCCCGGCGCCCGCAGCCGGUGAGGAGGGCCCGACGCCUCUGCCCGAGGCGGGGGCUCCCGGCUGCUCGGGUUCCCGGCCCCCGGAGCUGGAGCCGGAGCGCAGCCUGGGCCGCUUUAGAGGCCGCUUCGAGGACGAAGACGAGGAGUUGGAAGAAGAUGAGGAGCUGGAGGAGGAGGAAGAGGAGGAGGAGGAAGAGAUGAGCCACUUUUCGCUGCGGCUGGAGGGGGGCCGGCCGGAGUCCGAGGACGAGGAGGAGCGCCUGAUUAACCUCUCUGAGCUAAACCCAUACAUCUUGUGUUCCAUUUGCAAAGGUUACUUAAUUGAUGCAACUACCAUUACAGAAUGUCUUCAUACUUUUUGUAAAAGCUGCAUUGUAAGACAUUUUUACUAUAGCAACAGAUGUCCAAAAUGCAACAUAGUAGUACAUCAGACACAACCUCUUUAUAACAUAAGGUUGGACCGACAGUUACAAGACAUAGUGUACAAAUUAGUGAUCAAUCUAGAGGAAAGAGAAAAAAAGCAAAUGCAUGAUUUCUAUAAAGAAAGAGGUCUAGAAGUACCUAAACCUGCUGUUCUACAGCCAGUCCCUUUGAGCAAAGGAAGAUCUAAGAAAGUUCUAGAAUCAGUGUUUCGUAUUCCACCUGAACUUGAUAUGUCUUUAUUACUGGAAUUCGUUGGUGCUAAUGAAGGCAUGGGACACUUUAAGCCAUUGGAAAAGAAGUUUGUCCGAGUUUCAGGAGAAGCAACUAUUGGGCAUGUAGAAAAAUUCCUCAGAAGAAAAAUGGAUCUUGAUCCAGCUUGUCAGGUAGAUAUCAUCUGUGGUGACCACUUGUUGGAGCGGUAUCAAACUCUAAGGGAGAUCCGGCGUGCAAUAGGUGAUGCAGCAAUGCAGGAUGGUCUGCUUGUCCUUCAUUAUGGUCUUGUGGUUUCUCCUCUGAAAAUAACUUGAAAAUUCUAGGCAUAUUAUGAGGAAGGAAACAGAGUAAGGAGGCUUCUGCAGGACUGCAUCUCACCAAAGAUUUCCACGAAACAUGUAAUUGCUACCACUUUGUGCUGUUCAAGACAUAACUUAUCUAUUUUCAGCACCAAGAACCAUAGCAUUUAUAAGUACAACUUGGAAUGAUGAAAUACAUUUGUUUUACUAGAGACUAUAUAUAAAAAGCAUCCAUAGCUCAGGGAAAAAAUUUCAAUAUAUUGAAUUUUUAAAUUCCUGUGAUUUCAAACACUUUGACUUUGAUUUUUGCUUCCCAUCUUUUUUUUUUUUUUUUUUGUCUUUUUCGUGACCGGCCCUCAGCCAGUGAGUGCACCGGCCAGUCCUAUACAGGAUCCGAACCCGCGGCGGGAGUGUUGCUGCACUCCCAGCGCCGCACUCUCCCGAGUGCGCCACGGGCUCGGCCCUUUGCUUCCCAUCUUUGAGGUAAAUUGGUUACUGUUCUUUGUUGAGUCAUAUCUCUUUCAAGUUGGUGGUUGGGAUUCUGCUCCCUGGGAUGGCAUUAGUGGGCAGCCUUCCUUUUGAAAAAGAAGUAUGCUUUUGAGUGGAAGAUUCAAAGCCAAUCUUUGUUAAACCACAGGGUGUAGUCUAGACAAAAAUCAAAACCAUUGGCCACUUUUACAUGUUGCCAUCAUAUUUUGAACUUGAAUCUUUUUUUUGGUACCAGCUACACUACUAAAGAGAUGUUAUUCAGUUCUAAAAUGGGUGAAUUAUCAUUAUUCUGUGUGAAGAGAUUGUCUCUUGUAAGGUCUAUGGCCCAUGCCAUAAGCUUUCAGUAUAAUGACUUCUUUAACAUAUCUUACAAUAAGGGAUGCUUCUUUGUGACAAUAUUUUUGUUCUUCGAAUGUUAAUUUGAUUCACAUUCAUUUUAUUUGAGUAUAUAGUAUGGUUUUUGUUACCUUGUGAUGGCACUGCUUCUGAAAGUAAUAAAAAAUUUUAGGUGAAUUUGAGAGGUUUACAGAAUAAUAUUCAUUGUUAACUCAAAUUGAUUUAAUGUUCAUGUUCCUAUUAUUUUGUCACUGGGAUAAAGAAUAAAAGUGAGAGCUCACUUUCAUGAAAAGACUUCAGUUUUAAACAUUAUUUUGCCUAAAUUAGCACUGCGAUGCUUUCUAAAAGAAAUAUUUUGUAGACCCUAUUUCACAGCAAAAUUUCCAAAGCUGUGUAGAAACUAUUAAAAAAUUGGACAAGGAUUGGCAAUAUUUGUAAAGAAUUUGUGAGUUGCAUAUAAAU